AUGGUAUCAGUGGGAAGUAUACAAGCAGAGAUGAAUAUUGAUAGAGUGAAAACGAGAACUGUUGAGCAAUUGAUUGCACCAUUAAUACAACAAGUGACAAGUUUAACGAGUCCAAAUGAUAUGCAUUCAUUGAAACGUAGUGGAAAGAGCGGGGUUGUAUUGGUGGCUGCUAUUGAACGAACUGUACGUAAUUUUGUGGAAAUAGGACGUUCAGCUAUUGCUGAAUGUCCAGUUGCUGUUGGGAAUGCUUUAGAGCAAUUGAACGAGACUUUACACGAUGUAGAACUUGCUGGUGUCGAAAUGGUCAAUACUGGGCAUAAUUUUGUGGAAGAGACGAGUAAUACCGAUCGGCGUGCACAUGCAAUAAGAGCAGCUCGAAAUCUAUUAAAUGUAGUAGCACGAAUGCUUAUUAUGGCUGAUAUGGUAGAUGUACGCGUAAUGCUUCUUCAAAUUGCUAAGGCUCAAGAAAUAAUGGAUCUUAUGGUUGCAGCUGAAUCAAAACAGGAGCUAUCAGAAUUAUUUGAAUCUUUAAAUUCUUGUUUGGAGCAAUUAGAUGAAAGCGUUAGAAGACGUAUCUUAGAGCUACGAAAUCCAGCUGAGCAAGAUGAUUUACAAGCAGCUCGAGCAUGGCUUAAACUGAAUAGUAUAAUCAUGUAUACUUCCUCCACGGCAUAUAUACGCCAUCCGGAAGUGGAUGAGGUGCGCAUAAAUCGUGAUUUUGCUCACGCGGAAAUGUCAUUAGCCUUACAAGCUAUAGCUGAUAUUUUGCAAGGUUGUGCAACUAACAGAAAUAUCUGUCUUUCUCAUUAUGGCUGUGUUGGUGAUCUUAUGCGACAACUUGAUCAUUUUCAGGCUCGAGCAUAUAUGGAACCAAGCUCGUAUAAGGAUCAUUUGCAUCGACCAGAGCUUGAGGGUCUCUUAGAAAAGAUCGUUAGCGGUGUAGCCGCUAUUGCAGAUUCAGAAAACACAAGAGAUGAAAGGAAAAAAAGAAUUGUUGAUGAAUGCAAUAAUUUGCGACAAGCAUUGCAGGAUUUGCUCGCUGAAUAUGAGAAAAAUUGUGGACGUACCGAGCCUUCAGAAGAUUUGGACUUAGCGAUGGUUCAUUUGGGACAUAAAGCGAAGGAUUUGCGUCGACAUUUGCGACGUGCUAUCGUGGAUCAUGUAAGCGAUGCUUUCCUGGAUACUAUUACUCCGCUAAUGGUGCUUAUUGAAAGUGCUCAAAGACAUGAUGAAAGAGCCACAGUUGAGAACGGAAAAAUCUUUCAGGAGCAUGCGAAUAAGCUUUUGCAGGCAGCAGAACUGGUAUGCGUGAUGAGUAGCAAUGAAGAUGGUAUUCGUGUUAUUCGAUAUGCGGCCGUAAUUAUUGAUAAACUUGCACCACAGGUAGUUAACGCCGCAUAUUUGCUAAGUGUAAGAGAUAGUCAAGUGGCAAGAAAUAAUAUGGACACUUUUAAAAAUGCUUGGAUUGAGAAGGUGAAACUGUUAACGAUGGCCGUCGAUGCUAUGAUAACAGUAGAUGACUUUCUGGCUGUUAGUGAGGCACAUAUUAUUGAGGAUGUUAAAAGCGGCAUUCAGGCUGUGAUUAAUGGAGAUGGUUACCUACUUGAUCGAUCCGCAGGUGGCAUUCGUGGCCGUUCUUUGCGUGUUUGCAAUGUGGUUGAUUCUGAAAUGGAUUUGGUAGCGGCUAGUUCGUACAGAGAUCGUGUUCGAAUGGCAACUAAAUUACUCAGAGAUGAUGUGAUUGAUCGUUUUGCUGAUCGAGCGGAAAAAGUGGUAAAUAAAUUGGAGAAGGAAGCAGUAGAAGGUAUUAGUUGUGAUAACAGAGAUUAUACCAAUGAUGUGGAUGAAUUCAUUGAAGCUAGUGAAUUAGUUCACAAUGCGGUGAAAGAAAUACGGAAUGCAUUAUUGAUGAAUCGAAAUCCGGAAGAUGUUGAUUCAGACAACGAAUAUGAGGAAGAUGCUGGAACAAACUAUCCGGAUUCAAGAAGUCAAACAGUUGAUGUUGAAAAUGAACAAAAAAUAAUGCGACGAUUACCAGAGGAAGAAAAACGAAAAAUUCAGGAACAAAUUGAUGUUUUCAAGAUAGCACAAAGCAAAUUUGAAAGAGAAGUGGCAAAAUGGGAUGAAACUGGAAAUGACAUUAUCGUGCUUGCAAAACAUAUGUGUAUGAUUAUGAUGAAUAUGACUGAUUUUACCAGAGGUCGUGGACCUUUAAAGACUACAAUGGAUGUUAUCAAAGCUGCACAAGAAAUUUCUGAUGCGGGUGCAAAACUGAAUUCUUUGGCUAAACAAAUUGGCAGUGAAAGUGUAGAAAGUGAAACAAAAAAGGAUCUUUUUGCUUAUCUACAAAGAAUAACUUUAUAUUGUCAACAGUUAAAUAUAACAAGCAGAGUAAAGGCAGAUGUGCAACAAGUUGGUAACGAAUUGAUAGUUAGUGGUCUUGAAUCAGCAAUGUCUCUAAUUCAAACUGCCAGAAAUCUAUUGAAUGCUGUUGUGUUGACGGUCAAAGCUGCAUAUAUUGCUAGUACCAAGUAUCGACGCAAGAAUACGGCAGCACCAUCAUUAGUUGAAUGGAAAAUGGCACCACCGCAAAAACAACCACUUGUUAGAGUUUAUAAUAAAUCUCAUGGAAUUGUACGUAGAGCUUCGGAGAAACGUCCGAUGCCACCAAUGAAAGCAUUAGCACAAUUUCGAACGACUAAUACUAAUGAUUAA